CAUAUCACCAAACGGGACAUUCAUUGUCCCCUCCCUUAAAGCGAACCCCCCUCCUUCUGGCUGUCUGUCACUUUUACGUACCUGCCCACGACGUGGAACAUUUCUGCUCGGGUUCCCGAAACAGAAACAGAAGGAAACUGGAGCCCGCACAGCCAGCGAACGAGAAUCACGAAACCACCCCCCCACCCCCCGUACAGAGAGGGCACUCUGCAUUCCCUCCUUGCCCCCAGCCUGUCUGAAAGAGGAGACACAAGCGCCAGAGGGAAAAGAGAGACAACCUUGCUUGCCCGCUCGCCCGCUUGCUUGCCAACCUCAAGAUGCCGAGCAAUCGACUGCUGAAGAGCCACCGAAGCUCUGGCACUGGCACUCUGCAGCGCACUCCUUCCGCACCUGUCCUUCCACGCUUCUACGGUACUUCCGAUCAUUCCAGUAAACGCAAUCAAUAUCACAACGACCCCCAUCACCGCCAUCAUCAUCGAACUUCUACCUCUCCCAACCCGACCAGUUUCGCAUCAUCCAGCUCUCCAAACCUAAGCGAUCCUAAUCUCACCUCUUCUUCUGUCGCUCUUCCUAUCGCUCAGUCCUUCCUUUCGACCACACAAGAAUCGGCGACCGAGAGCAGUCCCGACGGGUCGGUCGGUGCGCCGUUUGAGGCGCGUGAAGCUUGGACGAGCGUCGAGCAUACCAGAUCCCCCACCUACCAGAACCCCUCGCCUCGUCCCCCUCCUACUACACUCCCUUCGAAGAAAUCAAGUCCCCGCACCAUGGCACCCGCUUUAAGACAGUCCGCGAGCUUCUCCGUCGGUGAUGCAUUAACAGACUCGUCACCGUCUCAGUCUGAAAGUGGCAUCGCAAGCCCAAAACGCUACUCGGACGAAGCAAACGGCUCGAAAGGCCCUGUCCCCUUUGGAAGGAAGAAGAGCGGAUUCUCCAGCUUCAUGAACAGUAUGCUCGGAUCGCCGAGGCGGAUCAACAUAUCCGCCCCGGAGAACCCAGUCCACGUAACUCACGUUGGUUAUGAUAAUGAAACAGGACAGUUUACGGGACUUCCUAAGGAAUGGCAGCGAAUGCUGCAAGAGAGCGGCAUUUCCAAGAAGGAGCAGGAACAGAAUCCGCAGACCAUAAUGGACAUUGUCACCUUUUACAAGGAUAAUGCAGAGGGCAGGAACGAUGAGGGUGUAUGGCACAAAUUCGAUCACGCCAGGGCCCAAGAACUCAAACCAGCUGCUUUCAAUAUUCCGGCUGCAACACCGAGCAGUCUCAAUCAAGGCUACCCCAGCAUGAGUCCGAUGAUCAGCCCUCCAGCCAGCCCACGUUUCCCCCAAAACCACGAGGCCAGCUUCGAGAAUCCCCGCGCUCCUCCACCAAUUCCCAAGUCGGCUACCGCAGGAGCGCCUGGCUCGUCCGGGCCCAAUGGAAUUAUACCCAAUCGACCAGCUCCUAGAGCACCGGGGACGCCAAUGUCUCCGAACCUUAUACCUGCUCGUGCUGCCCCCCAACCUUCUCGAUCCAGAGAGCCUCCGGUUCCAAAGGACGAUCUCUCAUCCGUAGGCUAUGCACCUUCUGGCACAACGAUGCCCUCACCAAGCCCCCAGGAAGAGCAGCGGAAUUAUGCCAAUCCGAGAGCAAAUGGCGUCAUGUCCCCGCGAACGCAACCAGGCUUUGGUAAUUCGUCCGCUCAAUAUCAGCAACAGCAGGAACAAGCAAUGCUGGCCUCUCAGCAAGCCUUGACUAAGCAGCAGCUCGAGCGCAGCCAGAGUCAGCGUCAACAACAGCAAUACCAACAGCCCGGCUUACCAUCGAUGCCGCAGCAGCAAUAUGCUCAUGCCACGGACCCAUCAAGUAUGCAGCAAUCAGCGCAACACCCUCGCCUCGGACCCGUGCCACGGCCACGGCAGCGUGUCCGCCAAAGCAAUGGAAUAGACAUUGUUGCAAAGUUGAACGCCAUCUGCACGAAUGCAGAUCCAACAAGGAGAUACCGAAAUCUGACAAAGAUUGGCCAGGGUGCGUCUGGAGGAGUCUUCACGGCCUACGAGAUUGGAACGAACCGAUGCGUUGCAAUCAAACAGAUGAAUCUGGAACAGCAACCGAAGAAGGACCUUAUCAUCAACGAAAUCCUGGUCAUGAAAGAUAGCAAGCACAAGAAUAUUGUGAACUUUAUGGACAGUUUCUUGCUCCGAGGGGAUCUUUGGGUGGUGAUGGAAUACAUGGAAGGUGGUAGCCUGACGGAUGUCGUUACAUACAAUAUUAUGUCGGAAGGGCAGAUUUCAGCGGUUUGCAAAGAGGUCUUAAAUGGAUUGCAGCAUUUGCAUUCCAAGGGUGUGAUCCACCGUGAUAUCAAAUCGGAUAACAUCCUGCUCUCCAUGGAAGGAAAUAUCAAGCUGACGGACUUUGGCUUUUGCGCUCAAAUCAAUGAAUCUCAUAACAAGCGAACCACCAUGGUCGGUACUCCUUACUGGAUGGCCCCCGAAGUCGUGACAAGAAAAGAGUACGGGCGGAAGGUGGACAUUUGGAGUCUGGGAAUUAUGGCUAUUGAGAUGAUUGAGGGGGAGCCGCCGUACUUGACGGAAUCACCACUGCGAGCGCUCUACCUUAUUGCUACAAACGGCACGCCCCAAAUCAAGGAUGAGCAAAACCUCUCACCGGUAUUCAAAGACUUCCUCCAUCUGGCACUCAAGGUGGAUCCUGAGAAGAGGGCCUCGGCUCACGACUUGCUUCGGCAUCCUUUUACGCAAAUCGCAGAACCCCUUAUCAGCCUAUCUCCUUUAGUACGCUCUGCACGACUAUCACGCGCUAAAGAAUCGGCGAGCAAGGGUGGCUGAGCGGCUUAUCAUAUUUUUAACGAUUUUCAUUUCUCAUCUACGACACGCGAAAAGACUUCACAUUUUGGGAUGACAUUUUUUCUUCUUGCGGGGGAUUCGAUCGAAAGCUGAUCGACGGCGUUUUAAAUCACG